AUUUCCAACACGAGACAUUAGAUAGAUAACAUAACAAGAUAAACCUCCUUCUGUUGUUCCUUUCAGUUCUCACUCUCUCAUAUCAAACACAUCAACAACAAUGGCAGCACUUCACUCUUCUCUGCUCUUUCCACCGAACCUCUUUUCUCUAACAACGCCAUCAACUUCCUCCACUCACGCUAUCUAUUACUUGAGACCCUCGACCACCCACUUUCCACCCCUUCUCACCGCACGACGCCGUUUUCGAAGACCCUUUGCGGUGGCUGAACAAGCUACGGUGUCCGAAGCUGCAAGGAGGCUCUACGUUGGCAACAUUCCCCGCACUGUUACCAAUGAUGAGCUUUCCAAGAUCGUUCAAGAGCAUGGUGUCGUUGAGAAAGCUGAGGUUAUGUAUGAUAAGUACUCUGGAAGGAGCCGUCGCUUUGCAUUUGUAACAAUGAAAACUGUUGAGGAUGCAAAUGCUGUAAUCGAGAAACUUAACGGCACUGAAAUUGGAGGGCGUGAGAUUAAAGUAAACAUAACUGAAAAACCUUUAUCAACAGUAGAAACGUCUUUACUUCAGGCUGAGGAAUCCGAAUUUGUUGAUAGUCCCCACAAGGUAUAUGUGGGAAAUCUGGCCAAGACAGUAACAACUGAUACCCUUAAAACAUUUUUUUCUGAGAAGGGAAAAGUUCUUAGUGCCAAGGUUUCGCGGGUCCCUGGGACAUCAAAAUCCAGUGGGUAUGGUUUUGUUACUUUUUCAUCAGAAGAGGAUGUAGAAGCUGCUAUCUCAUCUUUCAACAAUUCUUUGUUAGAAGGGCAAAAAAUUCGUGUGAACAAGGCAUAGAGAAUUAGCAAUGUUGCAGAGCAUGUUUUUGACCAUGUGUCUUCUAGCAGGAACAAAGCGUACUUUGUGUGAAGCUGAAACUACUAACAAAUUCCCUUGUUCUUGUAUAGCAUAAACCAAAUCAUUUUCAAUUGAUAAAGUUCUACAAAGAUGCGUGAGUAAGAUAGUGGUUAAUGCUUUUGUUGCAGACAUAGCUUUAGUUCAAGAUAUUGAGACCUCACUAUUUCUUCCUGAUUAUGUUGCUCCUUUUUUAUCUCCUUCAAUGUUGUACGUCUUGUUGAUGUAUGGAUGUAUUCAGUUCCAUUUUUUGUCCGAAUUUGAAUUGAGAUGCAGAGAAAUGUUAGCAAUACAUUUUGAUAAACACACUCUUUAAUAUAAUUUUUGUGAUUGAUAUAUAAUUCUUU